AUGGCCGACAAACGCAAAUUCGACGAGGAUCACUCGGCCUCCAAGCGGAGAGUCAUUGGACCUUCUCUUCCAACUGCCAGCUCCAGUGAAAGUGACAGCGAUAGCGACGAUGGUUUCGGUCCCAGUUUACCCCCUCCUGCCGGCGCAGCACCUAUGCCAGUUCCUGAGGCUCCAAAGGUAGUGGAGAUAAAGGAAACUCAGCGCGAUCAAUGGAUGCUAAACCCUCCUGCCCAAUCUGACUGGGCUUCCAAGAUCGAUCCUACACAACUACGGAAUCGCAAGUUCAAUUCCGGGAAGUCAGCCUCGGCGCCCAAAAAGAUGGAUGCUUCAUGGGUGGAAACCCCGGAGGAGCGAAUGAAGCGGUUACAAGAUGCAGUCAUGGGUAUUGGGACCUCGGAACAGGCUGCAAAACAGGCUCCUGUCACGAAGACAAAAAUGAUGGAAGACAAAAUCAAGAAGUAUAGGGAUAUGACUGGCAAUAACAGUCGUCUAGAAGGCUCUGAAGGUCAAAAGGAAGAAGACGACGAUCCGAGUGCUCGCGCCUUUGACCGCGAGAAGGAUAUGGCGAUAUCUUCAAAGAUAUCGAGUGCGCAGCGCCGGGAAAUGGUGCAAAAAGCUGGAGAUUAUACUUCGCGUUUUUCCAAGGGUAAUUUCCUAUGA